AUGCCGAUCACUAGCAUGGCAACAACAGACAAUGGUAACAGUGUAUUAGUUGCCGGCGACCAGUCCAAGCCGUUGCCUCGUCAUCAGCCUCCUUUCCUAACCCGUGUCUUGAUGGCCAGCAAGCUCUCGGCAAUUCAGACUGUCCUCGGCCAGCUGGCUUGGUAUGGCAGUUGGCGCGACUACUUUUACCCCCCCGAAAUACGGCCUGACCUUGUCAAGCGAUAUGAGGUUCGGCCAGCGCUGCAAGUCCGCAUCUUCUUCCCCGCUUCGUAUGACAAGACAUCCCCAAAUCCCCUCCCCACCGUCUUCACUAUUCAUGGGGGCGGCUUCUGCAUCGGCAAUUCCACCGAGGACGAUGUCUGGAAUCGUACCUUUGCCGAUGGCCAUGGGGCUCUUGUCGUGAGCCUCGACUAUGCCAAGGCUCCCGCACACGCCUACCCUGGACCCCUACACGACCUUGAAGGCCUUUACCACGCCGUCCUCAACGACGAGAGUCUGCCCAUCAAUCGCCAGCAGACGGCGCUCCUCGGAUUUAGCGCCGGCGGCAACCUCGCUGCCACUCUUUGUCAGCUCGAGUCGCGCAAGGCCCGCGAAGGCAAGCCAUCAGCCGUGCCUCGCGCCGUCAUCCCCAUCUAUCCGCCUCUCGACUUUUCUGUUGCAGUCCCCGACAAGAAGCCAUCGCGUCGCUUUAAAGAGGGUCUGCUCCCGGGUUUGCGAGGUGAGCGCCGCGACUACGUCGCUGACCUUGCGCCCCUGUUUGACUGGGCCUACAUUCCCUAUGGACACGACCUACGCGACCCGUUGCUGAGCCCCUGGCACGCCAAAAAAGAAGACCUGCCCGCCAAUAUCUUUGUCGUGGCAGCUGAGCUCGACUUUCUUGCCUCCGAAGCCUGGACGUGGGCGACCCGACUGGCAGGGCGCGAACCCGUCUCGGGCAUUCCUGGACGGCCCGAGGUGGCUAAGACGCAGGAGCUGGAACUUGUGGACGAGAGAUUCGCGUGGACGAGCGAGGACGGUGAAGGAAGCAAGCGGUGGCUGCUUGUACCAGACGUGCUGCACGCCUUCGACAUGCACCCAUCGAGUGCCAUGGUCUCGGACGCUGUCACGCUGCGGGACGGCAACGCCAAGGCGGUCAAGGUCAUCCGGGUUUUGGGGGAGUGGCUUCAAGAGACGGUGUGGAAGGGGCCACUGUAA